UGAGUCGACCGUUCACUGCUUCGAGUAGUUAGUUCACCCCCUCCGCGCUGUGUCACGUGGUGAAGACUUGGCUACUUAAAGCGGAUCUUCCGUCAGGCCCUUCUCAUUUUCGUCACAAGCUUUAUUCACCGGUCACGGGGCGCAGGUAGUAAUUGAUACUGAGCAUAGUCUUGGGACGGCCGCGAUCCCCGCUCGGUGUGUGAUGGGAGGAUGGUUGGAGUGCAGACAGCUAGCAACCAUACCACAGAACCCAAGUCGUCCUGGCUACCCUGAAAAUUGCACUUCUACUGAUACCGCUGAGAUAGCUACCAGAGCCUAUUGAAGUGACGGUGGCUUGUGACGUCACAAAAGCGUGAUGAGCUUCAGAAAAAAAUGGGACUCUUUCCUGGAGGAGUGCCGGAACUCCCGCGUGCUGGUGCUCAUCAUUGUUUUCAUCGCACUUCUGUUAGACAGGAUGCUGAUAACAGUUGUAGUACCAAUCCUCCCAGAUUAUAUCUACAAGUUGAAUCACCCUCGCCUGCCUUAUUACGUGAACGGCAACUCAACGCUACCUGCGGAUCCAACUCUAAGUGCAACAACCACGAAUCAGACGGAACCAGAACCGCAACAGCAUUUCACAACGACAACACCAACUCAGCGUACCGCCCGCCACUCACAACGGCCAACCGAAAACCCAGAAUACUGGCAGCCGACAGAGUACUGGGCUCCCACGGGCACCAAUUAUCCGUUCUCACAAACAACACAGAAAACACCGACAAAAAACCCGCAGGAUACAUACCACGAGGUGCCAACAAAUCAAGAUUUAGUAGAUGAGAAUUUACCCGUUGGUAUACUGUUCGCGUCCAAGGCGACCAUCCAGCUUAUAGUCAACCCAUUUGUGGGUCCAAUGACAAACAGAGUCGGCUAUGGGAUACCCAUGUUCAUUGGCUUCGCUAUUACCCUUGUAUCAACAGUAGUUUUUGCCUUUGGGGAGAGUUAUGCCGUCCUCUUCAUUGCCAGAAGCAUACAAGGGAUCGGGUCUGCCUGCUCAUCUGUUGCCGGUAUGGCGGUUGUGGCUGACCGGUACCCGGAUGAUGCAGAGAGAGGAAGGGCCAUGGGGAUUGCUCUGAGUGGGAUCGCAUUGGGCUGCAUUGGUGGUCCACUGUUCGGUGGGAUCAUGUACCAGUUCUUCGACAAGAGCGUGCCGUUCCUUAUUCUCGCAGGCAUUGCAUUGCUGGAGGGCUGCUUGCAGCUGUUAGUACUUCGACCAGGAGCAAAGAAGGAGAUCCUGAUGGAGGGAGCUCCAUUAGGCGUGCUGCUCAGGGAUCCGUACAUCGUCAUUGCGGCUGGGUCAAUAUGUUUUGCGAACAUGGCAAUCGCCUUGCUGGAGCCAACCCUUCCUAUCUGGAUGAUGGACACGCUAGAUGCUCCCAGCUGGCAAAUCGGCUCCAUUUGGCUGCCGUCCAGCAUUGCAUACCUUGUUGGGGCGUACAUGUUUGGCUUCAUUGCAACCAAACUUGGAAGAUGGCUGUGCGGACUGCUUGCCAUGAUCUUCGUCGGGGCCUCCAUGAUUUGGAUGCCUUGUGCCAGAAGCUUCCAUGGACUCAUCCCUCCAAACGCUGUACUCGGCCUGGCCAUUGGUGUGGUAGACUCGUCUUUGAUGCCGAUCAUGGGGUACCUUGUGGACAGAAGGCACGUGUCUGUGUACGGAAGUGUGUACGCUAUUGCUGAUGUCGCAAACUGCGUUGGAUUUGCUAUUGGGCCUGCUGUGGGCGGAGAAGUUGUCGUUAAAUACGGAUUUGGUUGGCUGAUGUGGGGGAUUGGGAUCAUCAACAUCCUAUACUCUCCUCUGUGUAUCUUCUUAAGAGAACCACCAGGAAAGGAAGAGAAAGAGGCAAUCCUGGCUCAGGAUGAGUGUCAGGUGACGUACAACGCUUUCCAUCAACAACCGGACGCCGAAAAACAACCUGAAGAUUACGAAGAAGAUGAGAUGAAAAAGCAAAAGCUUACCAUUGAGUGACAUCAGGGAGGAGUCACCUAGGCCGCUAGGAAAUGCCUCGCCCUUGUGUGUGUGAACUUUCUUUGAAGAACGUAAAUAGUCUAUGAAUGGUUUCAGUGGGGUCUCUUCAUCGGCAGAGGAUUACAAAAACACAGCUUAGAGGAAAGUAGGUUCUUAAAGAUAAUUCGCACAUAGCAAAGGGCGAGGCACAGUGCCCACCCCUUCAGUAGCAAACUCUCUAUUCAAUACAAACAAAAUGCUGAAGACAAACCGUUCAUCGAUAGAAGAUAAGAGGCAACUGGUAAAACGGUUGUGACUUCUUCAUUCAUAGCUUCAUUUCGUCAUCCUAACCCGGUUGGUCCAUUCUAACAUCACAUCCAUCUCAUGGUCUUCCAUCUCAUGGUGAAGAGUCUUGUGCGUUGACCGUAUUUGGACGCCUUUGGCGCCUCGUUUAAGAUUUGACCCUUCGAUGUACCUCAUAACAACCAACGUGUAUUUCAAAAAUGCAAAACUUUGUUUUUGUGAUUUUGCUAAAGCCAAGAUCAUGUUGAUCCCUUUUGAGAGAAACAGAAAACAACAAAAAGCGACGGAGAAGUAGAUUCGCGUUGGAAAGCCUUUCAACUACACUUUGCAUAACUUAUGUCUCAAACUCAUAGUAUAUUUAGUUCUAGAUCUUUGUUUCACUUGGUAAGUGCAGAUGCAGACAAGUUGGUGGCGCUCGAUGAUUUGUAUAUUGAUGGAUUCUCCUGAUAAGUUAGAUAAGUACAUUAGAAUGAAAAUGAAUACUGAAUGUCGGUUUCGAACACCAUAGACGGCUGGUGAACCUUUGAAGUGAAGUUCGCACCAAGCUAAUUUACUGUUAGAAUGGAAGGAGUGCUAUUAGAUAUUUAGCUCCACGGCCUCGUCGGCCAUUUUGGUUUGAGUGGUUCCGUUGGCACGAGGUACAUUAGCGCGGAACGAAAAGCAUGCCGGGAAUAAUGUGCCAUAGGCAAGAACAUAAUAAGCCCACCAGCAAUAAUGAUUUGUUGACUCAUCGCUGCGUCAUUUCGGCAUCCAUGGAUUAUACUUCAUGAUUUCCAUUGAAAUAUCGAAUCUUUACUAUAUGGACAUAGGAUUUAAGGAAUGACGCUACAUCGGGUCAUACUCCAUUCAAGUGCAGUAUUAGGAUGAAAUGGCAGAAUUUGGCAAAAGCUAGAAUAGGUUUACGUCACAUGUAUUUUCGAACUUUUCCGUAAGCCACCAGAAGCCACACGAACCUUAUCUGAUACGUACGAAUCACAAUGUGUAACGUACGAAUCUAAUGUGAAUCAUAUGCAAACUCGGGCCAACGGGAUGUUCAAGAUGGCAGCAUCGAUCUUCGGCGACUGAAAAUGCGAUGUGACGCACCGACAUGAAGCUCGCAGGCUAUUAAAUAUGUCUUCGUGACGAUAUAUGUCCAUCCAAUGCCAUUCAAUGAUAUUUUGAAAUAAAAAGAUCACAGGCAGAAACACUCCGGAAACAUACCCUCUCCUGAGGUAGGGGUUGGCAGGUUUGCAUGUAGUUCGUGCAUCUUUCAUAGGAUUCUUUCGUUUCAAUAAUCGUUCGUGCGUAAUACAUAAGGCUCGUGGAUUUUUGCAUAGUGAUUCGUUCGGUUUUCUUGGAUUUGUACGCUUUCGUACAAUGAGUUGUGCGUUUUUUUCAUAAAAUUCGUACGAAUUCACAAGAUUCGUGCAAAUUCGUGAUAGGCAACCCUGUUUACGUCCGAUAGUGGCCCGGGAGGGUGGAUAGUAACAAUGUAAGGCUGGGUAGUGCUAGCGACUUUUUUCCUUCGCCAAGAAGAUUAUAUUUUGGGUAGCGUGUGUAUGUUUUUUUGUAUGUCUGUAGAAGACCAGCAUAAGUCAGGAACGCCUGGAUGGAUUGUAUUAAUAUUCGGUAUGUGCCCCAAAACGAUUAUAGCGGUCACUUACGGUAUUGCAGUGCAGUGCAACUUCCUGGUUUGAUAUCUCGAGUUCUGGAUAUGCUGCGGCUAUGAUAUUUAAGUGGUGGAUAGCUUUUGAUGCCAAGAGUACGCGGUAUAGGUUUGGGUCCCCUAGCGGCUUAUUUUGGAACUGCAGGAAAGGUUUAGUGUCAGACUUUGAAAGAGAAUAACUCAAGGAGUUGACAGAUUGUCAUGAUUUUUGGUAUGUAGAUACUUUUUUUAGCUUAAGUGAUGAUUCAUAUCAUUAGAUGUUAUUUAUGCAAAUUGGAAUCUAAUUUGCACAAUCAGUUAGGAAAUCGUCUAAACAUGCUUAGUUCAAUUAUAGGACCAUUGUAACAUGUGACAUCUGUAA